AUGCAGAAGAGAACAAUCCUAGACAUCAUAGAGGAGAAAGGCAAAAUCAAUGUCUGCGCUCCUAUGGUGCGAUACAGUAAACUACCCUUUCGGGAGCUUGUUCGACAAUACAAUUGCGAUGUUGUCUACACACCGAUGAUUUUGGCCGAUGUCUUUAAAAGCUCGGAAUUUGCGAGAGAAACAGAUUUUUCAACCAACGAGAGAGACGAUCCAGUUGUGAUUCAAUUUGCUGCCAGUAAUGGCAAAGAUCUAGCCGAUGCAGCUGAGCUUGCCAGUCCAUAUGUUAGUGGCAUCGAUAUCAACUGUGGAUGUCCUCAAAAGUGGGCUAUUCAUGAAAAAAUCGGUGCUCAUUUGAUGUCACAACCAGAGACUGUCCGGGAUAUGAUCAGAACCGUUAAAGGCAGACUCAACAUACCCUGCAGCAUCAAGAUCCGAGUUCACCCAGACCUAAAAGAAACAUACGAGUUUGUCAAACGAGCGGAAUCCGUUGGUGUCGAGUACAUUACCGUCCACGGCAGAACAAAAACACAGAAAAACACAGAGCCUGCCAAUUUAGACGCAAUUCGAUUUGUAAAGGAGUCAGCCUCAGUACCCAUCAUCGCCAAUGGCGGCGUAUUUUCCAUGGCCGACGUUGAAGAGAUAUAUUCAAAAACCAAUGUGGAUGGUGUCAUGUCUGCUAGAGGUUUGCUUCGAAAUCCUGCAUUAUUUGCCGGUUACGAAAACACCCCAUGGGAAUGUAUUGAGAGCUAUGUCCAUAUGGCACUCGGGUACGGUACAAAUCACUUUAUCUUCCACCAUCACUUGAUGUACAUGAUGGAAGAUAUUAUGAGCAACAGUGAGCGCAAAACUUUCAACAUCUUAUCAAGUAUUCCCGCCAUCCUUGACCACCUGGAAUCAGAUUGGGGAUUGGAUGUCUCUCGAUUGGCGUAAUGCCACUUGCUGUUAUCUGUCAUAUCAUAUAUUUUUUUUUCUUUUAUUAUUGGCUGUAUAAUUUCUAGAAGCUGCUGUAAUUUACAAAAGGGAAAUCCUACCAUAGAAUUCAAAUUGUUUAUAUGUUGAAAAGAAGAAACGAUAAUUAUUUCGUGUGCUGUGCAGUCAGUUGCUCUGUGAUUUUUUGGAAAGUAGGAAAUAGGUUGGAUGUUUCAAACUUAUUGACAUAAGAGCCAUCUCCUUCUGCUUCCACCAUACUCGUAAAUGCAGGAUCGAUUGGAACCCUACCGAGGAAUGGAAUACCAUAGUCCUUGGCCAUAGAUUCACCGCCUCCCGAAGAAAAUACAUUGGUGCAUUC